UUGUCACCGUUUUACAAGUGUGUCAUCGCUCCAGCCAGUCACGCCUGGAUUCUGCGAACAAUCAAAACAAGCCCAGAAAACUUUCGCAAUGUGCAGCACUACCUGGGCAUGGCGCACGCAAGGGCCCAUUGUUCCCGUUGUAUUGCGUCAGAACCGGAUAUGGCGGAAUGGAGGGAUGGUGGUAUAAAAGUCACCACGUCUUCCGGUAAUGAUCAUAGCACAAUUGUUUCGGGAUUCUGUGAUUUCUUAGCGCCUCCUAUCAAAUCAAACCCUCCAUCAUGAAUGCGAUGUGCCUUAUCUUGACCUUUGCCGUUGUCUGCGCGAGCCUCAUUUAUGCUGUUGAGCUGGACUCAGAUAAUGCUAGAAUUACCACGUACGAAUCUGCCGACAGCCCGUUAUGGCGUUGUUAUUCGCAAUAUCCGUUUAACGCCAAAUACACCUAUUUCUACUGCAAGAGCAUGGCCAUGGCCAUGGGCAAACGAAUGCCCUAUGCGGACCUACAGAAACUGAGCAUCCCGUACACCCGCACCGCCUGGGCACCCCUCGGCUGGCUCCCGUUGGGUCAGUCGUACCAGCACACAGCCGACGUCGACGGCGAAGCCGGCACAAGUAAUCAAAGCGGACACCGGUAA